AAAAAAAUAGCGGGGGUUAUGUGCGCUUAGAAAUGAGUAAAGAAGAAAAACAUAGGGGAUUAAUGUUGGGGAGGGUCGUUCGACAGACUGAACGUCGGAGGAGCUGAAACUCCACAAGGUGGCGAUAGCUACCCUAAAACCAGACAGCAAAGAAGAAGAGGACCGGAAGUGUAGCCAGCUAACGAGCUAAGCUUGUUUACAGUCUGAAGACUGAAGUUCGGUAACGUUUAAAUUGUCUUUUAGUUUUCGUAGCGGUUGUCACUGCCGGAGAAUCUCUAACAUGUGAUAACAAGUAGCUAAUAAUGCGAAGUCAAGGAGCGCAAUGUUAGCUUAGCAAGUGAUAACAUUUUCAUUUACAUGUAGGGCAUUUAGCAGAAAAGAUAACAAGAUAAGUACAAGGACAUUUUAGGUACAGUCAGCCACUUUGCCAAAUGUAAAUGUAACAUGUGUCAGUAGGAAAAGCACAAGUGUAAGUGUGAUGCGAGCCCCUCUGCGAUGGGUGCUAUGGGAUGUGAAGGACACCCUGCUGAAGGUGCGUGCAUCAGUGGGAGAGCAGUACUGCAAGGAGGCUGAACGAGUGGGCUUGGAUCUCAGUCCUGUGGAGGUCGAAGCUGCUUUCUUCCAGGCAUAUCGACAACACUCCAGAGGAUACCCAAACUAUGGCAUCUCUCAGGGCCUGGAUGGACGGUCUUGGUGGAUGGGGGUGGUGCGAGACACUUUCUCGAGGUGCGGGGUACAGGACCCAGCCCUGCUCAAUACAGUGGCUCACAACCUUUAUCAUAACUUCUGCAAUUCAGAGAACUGGGAGGUAUUUCCAGACUCACAGAAGGCCCUGGAGCAUUGUUCUUCUCUAGGACUGAAGCUGGGGGUGGUGUCAAACUUCGAUAUGCGCCUUGAAGAGAUUUUACGUGUUUGUGGCCUUCUGUCUCACUUCAGCUUUUUGAUAACAUCAGAAGAGGCUGGUGUAGCAAAGCCGAGUCCAGCCAUCUUUAAUCAGGCGCUGCUGAAAUGCGGCGUAACUGCUGCCAGCGUCGCUCAUAUUGGAGACCACUAUGUGAACGAUUACCUCGCCUCUCGGUCUGUGGGCAUCCACGGGUUCCUGUUGGACAGACACAACAAGACAAACGGACCCAACGUUCCUCGGAAGCAUCUGCUCAGCUCCCUGGAGGAGCUGCCAUUGCAGCUUAAGGAGCACUUGGUGUAAUGCCAAACAGUCAUGGGCUCAAGUGCAAAGCUACUCAGCCUAACUGUGUUCAGUUAUUGGAAUUCAUUUGUGUGAUUGAGCCAUGUUUACCUGACUGGACUCAACCAGUCAACCAAAAUUAUAUUUAUUGAAAAGAUGUUGUAAUAUAAAAACUGUAUAUGCAGUGUGUAAUGAUGUAUUUAAUGUAAAUGAAUAGGGGGAAAUAAUUGUCUAUAAAUUGUUUUGCGACUGUCUCAGAAUUUUUUCUUUCUGAUGACAGAAUUAAAGGGUUUUGAGACAGAAACUUGCUACUGAAAAACACUUAUACAGUCGUCAGAGCUCCAAAUAAUAUUGUGUCACAGCACAGAUUUUUAAAACAGGGUCAUAUUGAGAUCACUGCAACCAAAAUAUAGGCAACACGGAGGCAAGGAACAUAUAGAUGGGUGUAAAGUAAAGACAAAACAAGCAUACAGCAUCCUAGUUAAGUUUUUGGGCCACCAUCUGUGAACUCUACUGGGAGUAUGAACCCCUUUCCUCCAAAACAUAGUGUCCAGUCACUCCAAAAUCUCCCAAAGAUGUUCAGAUUUUCAUACUCACUGAUGCAUGCAAGAAAGAAAUGUUUCCCCACCCGCAUCUGAAGGAGAGAAGUCGUUCAAAAUCUUCCCAUUAAAAUUGACUGUAUGUAAGCAUUGUUUGUUUUUUUACUGAGUUACUCUGUGUCUUCCUUAAUGAUUUUUAAGGAAGACACAUUAAAUGUAAUGGUCUUAGGCAACAAAUCUUUGUAUUCACUAAGAUUUGUUGCCUAAGACCAUUAGGCUCCUACUCUGGCUCUUAAGGAGCACAUACAAUAUUAAACCAACAACACUUAAAGUCAGUAGUGGGACACAAUGCUCAGAUAUUUACCACCCUGAUUCAGCAAGUAAACACUGUCAGGGACACAAAGAGGUCCUCAAAAGUCUGUAAAGGACUGAAACACCAUGAUCACACUGCUGAAUUGUUGCUUCAACAGUGUGAUAAUAAUAAAACAAGUAAGGAGAAGAUGUAGCAGUUUUCAUAACAAAGUGUUUUUCAUUGUUGAAACAUUGCACUAAAACAUUUGGGACAUGGAUAAUUGAAAUCAGACACAUAGGAUACAAAAUAGAAAUAAUUUGAACACCCAAAAAUAAGGAUAGAAUAACGAUGGUAAACAUAAAUAGUACAGAAGGUUGGACAAAGAAUGAGGACUGGAUUUUUUUCUACCUAAAUGUAUGUAUAUACUGUGAAUGGUGGGCUGACCAACUGACUGUUUAUCAGGUCCAAUAUUCAGCAUUUUUUCAGUUUAUAGGAAUGUGUUGCCAAAUAAAAAUAAUCUUAAAAUGUG